AUGAUUCCCGUCAUGGCCUUCGUCCCCGCCGCGCCUGCCGCGCUGCCGCGCACCUCCUACGGGGGGAGCCGCACCUCGUGCUCUGCCCGCGCGUCGUCGUUCACCUCGCGGGGCGCGUUCGCCGGCGCGCGCGCGCGGCCGUCGCGCGCGGCGCGUCAAGUCGUGCGCGCGGCCGUGGACAACGGGCUCGCGGCGGCCGCCGCCGCGGCCGCGCCGAAGCGCGUGCUGGUACUGGGCGGCGACGGCUUCUGCGGCUGGCCGACCAGCCUGUACCUGAGCGAGCUCGGGCACGACGUCAUCGUCGUGGACAACCUGUCGCGCCGUAAGAUCGACUUGGAGCUCGAGUGCGAGAGCCUCACCCCCAUCCAGAGCAUGACGGAGCGCCUCGGCGCCUGGCAAUCCGUGUCAGGCAGGGAUGUUAGAUUUGUCUACUUGGACGUCGCCCAUGAAUACGAUCGCUUGCUGGACCUGAUCAUUAGGGAGAAGCCGGAUGCCAUCGUGCACUUUGCGGAGCAGAGGGCAGCGCCCUAUUCCAUGAAGGGGUCUAGGCAGAAGAGGUAUACGGUGGAUAAUAAUGUCGGUGGCACGCAUAACUUGCUUGCGGCUAUUGUCGAGUCUGGGCUUGAUAUUCAUGUCGUUCAUUUGGGCACUAUGGGCGUGUAUGGGUACGGUACUUCGGGUGGUGAGAUUCCAGAGGGCUAUAUCAACGUCGUCCUGCCUGGAGGGCGCCAAUCUCGCAUUCUGCACCCGUCGUAUCCGGGCUCGGUGUAUCAUGCCACAAAAUGUCUCGAUCAGAUUCUCUUCCAGUUUUACCAGAAGAAUGACUCACUGCGGAUCACCGACUUGCAUCAAGGCAUUGUGUGGGGAACGAACACCGCCCAAACCCGCAAGGACGAGAGGUUGAUCAAUCGCUUUGAUUACGACUCGGACUAUGGCACCGUCUUGAAUCGCUUCCUCAUGCAGGCCGCCUUGGGCGUCCCGCUCACCGUCUACGGCACGGGCGGCCAGACAAGAGCUUUUAUUCACAUCCAGGACACCGCCAAGUGCAUCAGUCUCGCCAUUGCCAACCCACCUGAGCCGGGCGCGCAGGUCGAGAUCUUCAAUCAAGUCGCAGAGACGCACCGCGUCAGGGAUCUCGCAAACCUCAUCUCCGAGAAGACGGGAUGCGAAGUCAAAAACAUCACUAACCCGCGCAACGAGUCUGCCGAGAAUGAGUUGGAUGUCGCUAACCGCAAGUUUAGAAGUCUUGGGCUUAAUCCCACCACGCUUGAGGUCGGCUUGCUGGAUGAGGUCGUCUCCAUUGCCGACAAGUACAAGGAGCGCUGCGACAAGUCGAAGAUCCUUCCAAACUCGUUUUGGAACAAGACGCGUCGUCGCGAGUGCGAGGAGUUUGGUUUGAGCUCUUUUGAUGUCGGCGCGUAUUCUGUAGCGGAGGAGGAUGCCAUGCUGUAUAGUUUGAGUAAGGGAGACGUGGCGACCAUGGAAAAGCUGCGUGCCGUCCUCAAAGGAUCCUAG